AAGGUGUUUGAAUUUGAAUAGUUUUCCUUCGCAGUCAUCGUUGGCGAUACACUUAUACCGGAAGUCCGGCAUUUGUUGUCUUUGGUUACAACACAUCCGGCGUUCAACAUGUUUUAUUGAUAGCUACACAAUUUUGAGAGACUAGUUAAGUUUAACAAGGCAUAACAGACUUCAUGGAUAGUACCAGCAGUGAGCUGAAAAAUGCCAGUCGAACGUCUAUCCAGGUAAAGCUUCCUUCAGCAGAUCAGGCAGUGCGACACAGUCCUCAUGGACGAUCACAUCACGCAGGUUCACCUGAUGCUGGUCGACUCUUCAAAGAACAGUCAGUCUCACGACGGGGUCACCCACAGCCAGUCAUAACAAUUCAACAAGCAGCCAUCCUUACCAUUGAGAAUGCAUGGCUUAGCUACCGUAAUAAGCAUAUGUUUCACCUGCUCAAGCAUUCAGUGUGUGCUGCGGAGAGCUCUCUGUCCGGUGAAAUCUUGAGGAAGGUUUGUCCCCGUGAGGCUGAGUUAUUAUGUGAUAAGAGUUUCCAAAUAAAAGUCAGGUUCAGAUUUGGUGGUAGCGAGUUUCCACCAAUAAUCUUUUUUAAGAUAUUUUAUCACACAGACAAAGGUGGUCAAUCUGUGAAAUACAUCAGUGGUCGCAAGAUGAUAAGACCAGCAUCAGAGGCGGCAGAAGAUUCCCUAAGACUUAUGGGUAACCGCCAGUUCUAUGACCAAAUGGUCAUGGACACAAUCCAGUACAGUCAGACUACUGUCACAGAUGAGCAUGAUGUCACCACUCUUAAAGACUACAUGCAGUACCUAUCCAACCUAGAUGAGAUGCCUGCUACUCUUGGGGGUCGAGAAAAUAACUGGAGAAAACUCACCCUUGAGAAUUUACCAAGACAGACCAUAUUUUACGAUGUUGUUGACUAUGCUUACAACCACCGUAUGUCCCCUCGACUUAGAGAUGUAAUACCCAUCUUACUGACACAUCCUGUGACACAGGAAGUGCAAGUUGAGCAUAUAAGGACUAUAGGAAAGAUAAGCACUCCUGCUACAAUCCAUGAGUAUACACCCAAGUUUAAGACACCUGGCUUGCAAGGUGAACUGUCUGGCAGGCGCACCAGACGGGCUCAAGCCCGUGCCCUAAAGAUGAGGCGCCUGUACACCAGUGGACAACAGUCUGCAACAGGCAGUGAAAUGCCACAAGAGAUGAACGCAAAAGCUAGCAACUACUUCAUCCAGUCCAACAUCGAUGAAGAUGGGGAAAUUGAAGAAGAGAUGGAUGGUGAAGCCAGUAGUCUUUACCAGUGGACACAGGGCCUUGGUCUCAAUGAUGACUUCAUGUCAACUCCACGGCCCCUCCCAGCACACUAACUGCGAGUUACAUCAUUUCCCUUAUAGACUUGUCCUGCUAAUAAGUUACAUCAUGUUACUUAAAGACACUUCCUGCUAAUAUAUCAUGUGACUUAAGAUAUCAGAGCUUUGCUUAGGGUAGUUUUAUAAACUAAGUGUUCUGACAGCCAAAUAAACUUAUGUCUGGUUGUGAUGUGACAAUGCCUCAUCUGUGCUUUGUUUUGGAUCAAGCGAAGAAUAUUAAAUUCCAAUAAAACCUUUACAGAUAUUGGGAUUACAUUUUUAUGGCAAACUGGGAAAGAAAAGGUGGAUGGACAGUGUAUAUUUUGGGGCAAUUCUGUGUUCAGCAUUGAUCAGGUGUAUGCUGCUGUAUAUGUGGAUGAAUAACUACUUAUUCAACUAUUACUACUUGUGUAGCUUGAGAGCUAGAAAAAAAGAAGCAUGUGGUUUGUUUUGUAAUAUAGUGUACAUUUGUAGAAUGUGAAGAGUUAUAAAACUGCUGAUACAUUGUA